CUCGCGGGUCGCAUUUCUGGCCAUCUCCCCUGGAGACAAGCGUUGUGGAGUCGCUAGCCGGCGGUGCUAGUUAGGGUCUCCGGUGACCCGGACCGCGGUAGCGGCACCGCGGGCGGGAUGUUCCGGAGUUUGAGCAGUUGGUUUGGCUUGGAGCAGCCGGCGGCGGGUGGCCGGCAAUCUGAGGGAGACAGGCAGCUGGAGGGAGACGCUCCACCCCAGAACUGCUCCGAAGCGGUGACCGAGUCGGUGGAUGGGGAGCCGCAGCAAGCGGGGGACCAGGAACUCCUUCACCAGGCGAAAGGCCUCGGCAACUAUCUAUUUAGCUUUGCAACUGCUGCUACAAAAAAGAUAACUGAAUCAGUUGCUGAAACAGCACAAACAAUAAAGAAAUCAGUAGAAGAAGGAAAGAUAGAUGACAUCAUUGAUAAGACCAUUAUAGGAGAUUUUCAGAAGGAACAGAAAAAAUUUGUUGAGGAACAGCAUACCAAAAAGUCAGAAGCAGCAGUGCCCCCAUGGGUUGAUAGUAAUGAUGAAGAAACAAUUCAACAGCAAAUCUUGGCCUUAUCUGCUGACAAGAGGAAUUUCCUUCGUGAUCCUCCAGCUGGAGUGCAGUUUAAUUUUGACUUUGAUCAGAUGUACCCUGUUGCCCUGAUCAUGCUCCAAGAGGACGAGCUGCUGAGUAGGAUGAGAUUUGCCCUUGUUCCUAAACUCGUGAGGGAAGAAGUGUUUUGGAGGAACUACUUUUACCGCGUGUCCCUGAUAAAGCAGUCAGCCCAGCUCACCGCCCUGGCCGCCCAGCAGCAGGCUGCCGGGAAGGAGGAGAAGAGCCACGGCAGAGACGAAGACUUGCCAAUGACAGAGGCAGUACGGCCCAAAACACCGCCUGUCGUAAUCAAAUCUCAGCUUAAAACUCAAGAGGAUGAAGAGGAGAUUUCUACCAGCCCAGGGGUUUCUGAGUUUGUCAGCGAUGCCUUUGAUAGCUGUAACUUAAAUCAGGAGGAUCUAAGGAAGGAAAUGGAGCAACUGGUUCUUGACAAAAAAGAGGAGGAGACAGCCGUAGUAGAAGAGGAGUCUGCAGAUUGGGAAAAAGAACUACAACAGGAAUUGCAAGAAUAUGAAGUGGUGACAGAAUCAGAGAAACGAGAUGAAAACUGGGAUAAGGAAAUAGAGAAAAUGCUGCAGGAGGAAAAUUAGCUCUUUCCUGAAAUAAAAGAAUAAUCCUUAACAUUCUAUUAACUGACAUUAAAUUCUAGAUGAUGACGUUCGCUGAAUUAGAAGGCAGAGAAGAUUGGUAUAACUUUAUGAAAUUCAAAAUUAUUCUUUUUUCAAGCUGAAACUUGCCUUUUCUGCUUUUAAAAAAAAACAUAGGACAGUUAUUCUAAUAUUCAAAAAGAGAUGUUUUAUGUAAUAUUUCUUUAAUAUAAAUCUAGUUAGAGAUGUUCAUGUAGUCAGGAUGGUAUCUUUGCCACAGAAACGCUUUUCUGUGAGGUCAGAAUUAUAAUUUAUUCUUCAAUUGUGGUUUUCUAAACAUUUGUACUUCUUGUUGCAUUUUCAUUGCUACAUACAUGUACAGUAUGUUACAGUACUUAAUGGAUUGAUAACUAUCAAAAUGACCAAAUUGUACCAAAGAACUUAAAAAGAAGCACUUUCAAGACUAUUUUCUUGCUAGAUAUUUUCUAAAAUUCCAUCUAGAAACCUAAGGAUAAGAUAAUUGUUAAUUUUAAUGGUAUAAACAUCACACAAUUUGACAUUGAGAAA